AUGUCAGGGGCGCGAGAUGUCAGGGGCGGCGAGAUGUCAGGGGCGCGAGAUGUCAGGGGUCGGGGCGAGAAUGUCAAGGGGCGCGAGAUGUCAGGGGUGCGCAGGGGCGCGAGAUGUCAGGGGCGCGAGAUGUCAGGGGCGCGAGAUGUCAGGGGCGCGAGAUGUCAAGGGGCGCGAGAUGUCCAGGGGCGGCGAAGAUGUCGAGGGGCGCGAGAUGUCAGGGGCGCGAGAUUCAGGGGCGUCGAGAUGUCAGGGGGCGAGAUGUCAGGGCGGCGAGAUGUCAGGGGCGCGAGAUGUAGGGGCGCGGAUGUCAGGGGCGCGAGAUGUCAGGGGUGCGAGAUGGCAGGGGCGCGAGAUGUCAGGGCGGCGAGAUGUCAGGGGCGCGACGAGAUGUCAGAGGGCGCGAGAUGUCAGGGGCGCGAGAUGUCAGGGGCGGCAGAGAUGUCAGGGGGCGCGAGAUGUCAGGGGCGAUGUCAGAGGUGGCGCGAGAUGUCAGGGGCAGAUGUCAGGGCGCGAGAUGUCAGGGGCGGCGAGCAGGUGUCAGAACACCGGAGUGUCAGGGCGAGAUGUCAGGGCGUCACGCGAGAUGUCAGGGGCGAGAUGUCAGGGGCGCGAGAUUCAGGGGCGCGAGAUGUCAGGGGCGGCGGAGAUGAGGCGCGAGAUGUCAGGGGGCAGAUGUCAGGGGCGCGAGAUGUCAGGGGGCGAGAUGUCAAGGGGCGCGAGAGUCAGGGGGGCGAGAUGUCGGCGCGAAGAUGUCAGGGCCGAGAUGUACAGGGGGCGAGAGAUGUCAGGGGCGAGAUGUUCAGGGUGUGUCAGGGGCGAGAUGGCGAGAGGGGCGCGAUGAGAUGUCAGGGGCGCGAGAUGUCAGGGGCGCGAGAUGAUUGUCAGGGGCGGCAGGUGCGCGAGAUGUCAGGGGCGCGAGAUGUCAGGGGGCGCGAGAUCAGUGGGGCGCGAGAUGUCAGGGGGCGAGAUCAGUGUCAGGGGCGCGAAUGUCAGGGGCGGCGAGAUGUCAGGGGAUGGGCGCGAGAUGUCAGGGGCGAGAUGUCAGGGGCGCGAGAUGUCAGGGGGCGAGAGUAG